AUGCCGUCAGAUAACAAAAAGAAAAGAGAUGCCAGAAAAAAACUAGAAGCUAAGAACCGACUGUUAAAAUUGAGUGGUGUCGAGGCUGAAAAUGAAGAGAAUGGUGUGAACGAGGAGGAAGGGGACACCAAUGGAGUGGCUGAAGAGAAUGGAAAAAUAGAACAAAAAAAUGGAGCUAAAGCUAAAUUCCGAUCCUGUACUGGUGUAUUGACAUCUCAUGGUGAGAGUCGAGAUAUACAUAUAGAUCAUUUAUCUAUGAGAUUUCAUGGAGCUGAGUUAUUGAUGAAUACUAGUUUAAAUUUAAAUGUGGGUAGAAGAUAUGGUCUUAUUGGUACCAAUGGUUGUGGUAAAUCUUCAUUAUUGUCAUCGCUUGAGGCUCGAGAAUUGCCGAUCCCCCGACAUACUGAUAUCUAUUUAUUAAGAAGAGAAAUGGCCGCCAGUGAUAAAACUGCUCUACAGGCUGUGAUGGAAGUAGAAGAAGAGAAACUGAGAUUAGAGAAAGAAGCAGAAGAAUUAUCAGAUAAAACUGAUCAAGAUUCUAUGGAUCAGUUGAUGGAUAUUUAUGAAAGAUUAGAUGACAUGGACGCCUCAAAAACUGAAGCACAAGCAGCCUACAUCUUACAUGGUCUAGGUUUUACUAAGGAAAUGCAGAAUCAAAAAGUGAAGAAUUUCUCUGGAGGUUGGAGAAUGAGAAUAGCUCUAGCUCGUGUGUUAUUGAUUAAACCUGGCUUGUUGUUACUGGAUGAACCUACUAAUCAUUUAGAUUUGGAUGCCUGUGUCUGGCUGGAAAAUGAACUUAAAACCUACAAGAGAAUAUUGGUGGUUAUUUCUCACUCACAAGAUUUCCUUAAUGGUGUCUGUACAAAUAUUAUUCACUUUCAUCUUCAGAAACUCAAAAUAUAUACGGGUAACUAUGAUUCGUAUGUUCAAACUAGAUUUGAAUUAGAAGAAAAUCAAAUGAAGAAAUAUAAAUCAGAACAAGAUCAAAUAGCUCAUAUGAAGAAUUACAUCGCAAGAUUUGGUCACGGUUCAGCUAAGUUGGCUAGACAAGCUCAGAGUAAAGAGAAGGUAUUGAAGAAGAUGGUAGAUGGAGGGUUAACAGAGAAAGUCAGUCGUGAUUAUUCUAUAUCGUUUGUAUUUCCCAGCUGUGGUAAAAUACCUCCACCAGUUAUCAUGGUUCAACAUGUAUCAUUUAGAUAUGCUGACGGCAAGCCAUUGAUCUACCAGAAUCUAGAUUUUGGAGUAGAUUUAGAUACGAGAGUAGCUCUUGUAGGACCUAAUGGCGCUGGUAAAUCAACACUAUUAAAUCUUAUAGUAGGAGAUUUGGCACCAACAGAUGGUUUAAUUCGAAGACAUUCUCAUUUACGUAUAGCUCGAUAUCAUCAGCAUUUACAAGAUCAAUUAAACCUGGACAUGUCAGCUUUAGACUGGAUGAUGGCUCAAUUCCCAGAUAUCAAAGAACGGGAAGAAAUGAGAAAAAUUGUAGGACGCUAUGGUUUAUCUGGCCCACAACAGAUUUGUCCGAUUCGUAAUUUAUCAGACGGUCAGAGAUGUCGAGUUAUAUUUGCCUGGUUGGCGUGGCAGUCACCUCAUAUGUUAUUGCUAGACGAACCUACCAAUCAUUUAGAUAUAGAAACCAUAGAUGUACUGGCCGAGGCUCUUAAUGAUUUUGAAGGUGGCAUCAUGUUAGUUAGUCACGACUUUAGACUCAUUUCACAGGUAGCUGAAGAAAUCUGGGUCUGUGAGAAACAGACUGUCACUAAAUGGGAAGGCGAUAUCUACAGUUAUAAAGAGGCUCUCGUCAAACGAGUACAAACUAGGAAUUCUAAAUUAAAGAAGAUGAAGAAAUGA